CACUUUCCCCCCGCCUUCCCCUGAGUUCGGUAAUGUCGUCCCCUGUUGUGGUGCACGCCACCAAGGCGACGGGCAAGGCUCGGUAUGGUUCGUCGUCGUCGUCGGCUUCGGCUUCGGCUUCUGCCUCGGGCUCGGAUUCGGACGACGGCGAGAGCGUGGCGGUGGGUGGCGGUGAGACCAUGGCUGCAAGCGGUGGGGCUGGUGGGCAAGGACUGGGCAUGGGUAUCGUGUCGUCGGCUGCAGGACAGGGCUGCUCCUCGCCGUCGUCGCCAUCGUCGCCGUCGGUGGCGUUGGGCGAGUCGCCCGCGGGAGUCCCCGGUGUGGAUGGCGGGGCUGGCGGUGGGCGAAAGGGCAAGAAAGGGUCGUGGAAAAAGGGCCUCGGGCUUGGGCUGGCUGGACUCGCCACCCCGCUCAACACCAGCAUGGGCAGCGAGAGCCAGUACGAUUCGAUCGAGUCGCCGCAGAUCCAGGUGAUCAAUCUGGCAGCGUCGUUGUCGUCGCUGGACUCGUGUAGCAACUCGCCGGCUGUAGGCUCGCCAGGGAGCGGGCGGAGUGCGCCCAAGCGGCCGGCGCGGCGGAGCCUGGUCAAGAAGCGCGGCGGGAGCGGUGGGCUCGGCAAGAAGCGCGGGCGACUGGGCCUCACGCUGGCAGUGGAACCGGGGCCGUCGGACUCGGGCACGGACGGCGUGUUUGACAUCAAUACGUAUGGCGGCGAGCUGCUGAACGCGUCGCGCGGUGAGCGCGACCCAAUGCUUUCGCUGGUACACGAUCUGCAGCUGAAGGACCUGGAGCUUGUUUGCGAGCUCGGCGAGGGCGCACAAGGUGCAGUGUCGAAGAUGUGCCACAAAGAGACGGGCUUGCUCCUGGCGUGCAAGGUGAUCCGGCUGGAUACGGCGGCGACUCCAGACGCGGAGCGGAAGCGGGAGGAGCUCUUUACAGAGGUUCGGACGUAUGCGCAGUCGAACUGCCCGUACGUGGUCAAUUCGCUCGGGUGCUGGCGCGAGGACGAUCUCAUCACGAUAGCGCUCGAGUACAUGGACUGUGGCUCGCUCGAGUCUGUGCUCCAGUCGGCGGGCGCGCUGUCGGAGGACGUCAUCCGGCACAUUGCCUGGCAGGGCGCCAACGCGCUGCACUACCUGCACAACACGCGGCACCUCAUCCACCGUGACCUCAAGCCGGCGAACAUCCUGCUCUCGUCCGAGGGACUGGCCAAGAUUUCUGACUUUGGCACCUCGCGCGAGCUUGCGCAGACGCUGGCCAAGGCGUCGACGUUUGUGGGUACGUUUACGUACAUGUCGCCAGAGCGGAUCAACUCGACCGAGGCCAAGGACGGGUACACGUCUGCGUGUGACGUGUGGGCGUUUGGGCUCAUUCUUGUCGAGUGUGCGCUCGGCAAGUACCCGUACGAGUUUAACGAGGACGAGGUGUUCAAGCACAUGACGUGUGUGUGCGAGCAGGACGCGCCGAUUGACGAGUGGCUGCCGGCCGAGACGUGGUCAGCACCGUUUCGGGAGUUUGUGGCGGCGUGCCUCGCGCGCGACCCGAACGAUCGGCCGUCGGCUGGCGAGCUGUGCGAGCACGAGUGGCUGGCAGGCACGACCGAGAUGCCGUUUGACUUUGGCGCGUGGCUGCGGGAGACGGUGACGUUUGUGCAGGUGGCUGACGAGAGCAAGUAA